AUGUUUGCGGAGCUGUACUCGAUUAUGGUGGCGACAGAGCACCUGGAAGCAGCCUUCGUUCGUGGUGCUGUCUCCAAUCAGGAUUACGAACGGACUUGCACACAACUCCUGACACAGUUCAAGACCCUGAAGACUGGGCUGAAAGACAAGUGCCCAGACAUCCGUGCCUUUGCCAAGGAACAUGGGAUGAGUUGCCCGCUGGCAGAGGCACGCUUGCUGGAAACUGGCGUGGCCGCCACUGCCCUGUUUGGUGGCACGGCGGCGACCGGCAAAGAAAGUUUGGCCUGCUUCAAGGCAUCUGAGGGCUUCAUCACUCUGGUAGAUGCCGUCAAGUUGAACAUGAAUGCAGUGGACGAGCUCCUGCCCCUCGUGCGAGAUCUGCAGGCGAGCAUUGUGGGCAUUCCCAACCUGCCACCACUCGCUGGCAUAGAGCGCAUUGCUGGGUGGCUUGUCACGCUCAACGGCAUGCGGGCCUCGGACCGCUUGACAGAAGAACAGACGCGGCAACUGGCCAUGGAUGUGGAGCAGGCCUAUACUUCGCUCAAGAACUGGCUGCAUGAGAAGACCUAG